GAAUUACUAUAUCCUCCUUCAUUCGAUGGUCGUGUAGUCCAGUAUCCUGACGAUAAUAAUUUAAGAGACUAUCUAAGCUGGCGACAAGCUGAUUGCCAUAUCAAUAACUUGUAUAAUACGUGUUUUUGGGCCUUGGUUCAUUCCGGAAAAACUGAAACCGAAGCUGGAAAUAUUCUGAGAGGUACAAUGUCUUCAGAAAAAAAUGAGUUGUUAUACUCGCAAUUUAAUAUCAACUAUAAUAAAUUACCAGAGAUGUAUCGAAAAGGCUCGGUAUUAAUCAGGCAGAAU